UAGGAUAAGGAUGUUGAUGACAUUCGCAUUAUGUUGAACAAGAUAGACGAAGAGAAAGCAUUAAAGACGCUCAAGAAGCCUUUCAAAUUGCAAAGUUGCAGAAGAGACAUCUUCACAAAGAAAGAGCCAAUCGACCGGAUGGGCAUGAUAGCUCCGGUGAACACAGGCACGUAUCGUGGACCGCGAGGGUCUGCAUAUCGCAAGUACAACGUUCAUGAAAGUCCCAUCGUUGAGAAUGGCUUAUUUGACGAUCCUCAUAAAGAAGAAUUGGAUUGGAUAUUGGAUAAGCAUGAUACCAGCUACAAGCCGAAUUGUUUUGAUACUUUGCCACCGUACGCCACACAAUUAGCUCGUAGUACGUAUGGCGAGCCAUCUCCCUCUACAAGGCUUGGAAGAAAACGACCUUUACCCGUUGUACCUCUUCCGAAGGUGCAGAAGAAGAUGAAGCCAGAUUCAGGAACGAGCGGGAGUGGAAUGGUUUCGAAGACUUUGGCUCUGAGCAGCAGGGUUUCGAAUAGUAAGGCUUCUGGUAGCAUUCAGCCUUCGAGCAGCUUCCAAUCCUCCAGCAGUUCCAGACCUUCGAGCAGUGUGCCUUCCAUUAGCUUCCAAGCUUCCAGCAGCUCCCGAGCUCCUAGCAGUACACCCUUUGAGGAGUAUGACAAGGAGGAUUUCGAUGACUUUGAGCAAUUUGACUUCGGCAGGUAUGGCUUCUACUGAUCUUGAUCUGACAACCAUGCAGGCAAAUCUUCCGCGGCCGGAAGGGUGAUCAUAUCCGUAUCAAACGCUUCGAUAAAUCGUUCAUGCGAAGAUCUUGCCUUGUUCCCGGCAAAACUACGAUAUUCCAAUCGGAUACUUGCAAAGUUGUACCUCUGUAAUCUACGCAAGCAAGCAGUAACAAUGCCAGUCUCACUAACUCCAUUCAUAUCGCACACAAGACAAGGUAAAUUUGACUUGUUCAAUAAUAACUCUAGCGAUUCUUUCGCGAUUCGUUCCAAAGACAUCAUAUCGGCGGCCGAAUGUACUUGUACGCCAUUUGUACUUCUUUCCCUUGUACCUGACUCUCCGUCCUU